UUUAAGGGAGGUCUUGCUCUUCAUUUACAGCCCUCUCAGACGUUCCCAUGGGUUUCUUCCAUGGCCUUUCACAGCCUCAGUUUGUUAUGGGUUAAGAAAAUGUCAAGCUCAUCUGGAAGGUCCUUGCCCCUCCUUGCUUUGCCGCAGCCAUUAGUGGUCCUCUCUCUGCCGCAAGAAGCUGACAUUUACAUCGCAAGCUAGGGAGGAGAUAAUAGAGGGAUGCACACAGGGACAGCAUGAAUGCUCAUAGUGAAGAGACUCUUCUUUUCUGUCUUCCAGUGGAAACGGCUGGUGACCUGGUUCUGCAUGAACUCCUGAAGAUGCCCAGGAGAGGACUUCUACCUCCGAGGACACUCAUGGUGCUGCUGCAGCUGGCACUUGUCCCAUCACAGCUGUCAGACUGUCUCCUCAAUCCUUGUUUGGAGGUCAUCCCUAACAAAGCUUUCAGAUGCACAGGACUGAAUAUCUCUGGAGUUCCCGCUGAAGUCCCAAACACUACCCAGAGCUUGGAUCUGAGUUUUAACAAUCUGAAAUCACUGGGGUCAAAUUAUUUUUCAUCAGUCCCUGAGCUGCAGCUUCUGGAUCUUACAAGGUGCCACCUGCAUACACUAGAAGAUAACUCUUUUAAGGAUCUUCAUAAACUUUCCACCUUAAUUUUAACUGCCAAUUCCAUCCAGUACCUGGGGACAGCAGCCUUCUGUGGCUUAACAUCUCUGAAAAAACUAGUAUUGGUGGAAACCAACAUAGCUUCUCUAACUGACUUACCCAUUGGACAUUUGCACACCUUACAGGAGUUGAAUUUGGGCCACAACAACAUUGCUUCACUAAAACUUCCCAAGUAUUUCACCAAUAUGACCUCUCUCAGGCACCUGAGCUUUCUCUCUAACAAGAUCACCUAUAUCUCCAAAGGAGACCUUGAUGCCCUGAGGGAAGCAAACAGGCUCAACCUCACACUGGUGCUUUCGUUCAAUAAUAUAAAAUACAUACAGCCAGGGUCUUUUGUGAAGAUUUACCUUGGUGAGCUGCUUUUAAGGUCCUCUUUUGAGAACUUCAAUGUGAUGCAUACUUCUCUUCAAGGCCUGGCUGGUUUACAGGUCAACAGACUAGUAGUUGGAGAAUUCAGCGAUGCUCGGAGACUGGUAGACUUUCAGAAUGGACUAUUGAGUGGACUGUGUCAGGUACAGAUGCAAGAGUUUGUCUUAAUCUGUUUCAAGGAAUUUGAGAAUAACACAGACACUCUUUUUAACUGCAUAGGGAAUGUCUCAAGUAUUCGGUUGGUGGACAUACAACUUAAAGAGGUGUCAGAGGUUCCUAUGUACUCUCAAGUGAAACAGCUAGAAUGCAAGAAAUGCAAGUUUAAGGAAGUGCCUGCCAUGAAACUGUCUCUUUUCAAGGAGUUGAGAGUGCUUCGUAUUAUCCAGAGCAAAUACCUCAACAGCUUCCGACAGAAUUUUGAGAGUCUAACGAAACUGGAGGUUGUAGAUUUGAGUCAGAAUCGCCUUUCCUUCACUAGCUGCUGUUCCCCUAGGUUUCACAAGUGUCCAAAUCUGAAACACUUGAACUUAAGCUUUAAUUCUGACGUCAGCGUGACUGGAGAUUUCACUAAUAUGAAGAAUUUGUUGUAUUUGGACUUUCAGCACACAAAGUUAUUUGGCCCUGGCUCCUACCCCGUCUUUCUAUCUCUUCAGAAACUCAUUUAUCUUGAUAUUUCCUAUACCAGUACUCAUGUUAAAUCCCAGUGUACAUUUUGUGGCUUGAACUCUUUGCAAGUGCUCAAGAUGUCAGGCAAUUCCUUUGAGAACAAUAAACUAGCCAACAACUUCAAAAACCUAAGUCACCUCCACACCUUGGAUAUUUCAAGCUGCAAACUAGUACAGGUGGAUCAAAGUACAUUUGAUGCCCUCUCUGAACUAAAAGAACUAAACAUCAGCAACAAUAAGCUACUGAUCUUUGAUCCUGUAGUCUACAAGCCACUCCAAGCCCUUACAGCCCUGGAUUUUAGCAAUAACCAACUGAGUGUUCUGUUGGACUCCGCCCUGGAAAUCCUGCCUGAUAGUCUGGUCAUGUUAGAUAUCUCUCAGAACCUGUUUGAAUGCUCUUGUGUACACCUGAACUUUCUGAAAUGGGUCAAAGAAAAUCAGGAGCUACUGCAGAACAGGGAGCUGAUGAAAUGCCACACGCCUGCAUACGUGAAGAACACGAGCCUAUCAGUCCUCUAUCCAUCCUUCUGUCAACUCAAUCCAAGCACAGUGGCAUUCUCAGUGAUCGUGUUUCUCGCUGCAGUACUGUUCCUUUUCCUGAUUUACAGGUACUACUUCCAGCUAUACUACUCAUUGGUACUGCUCAGUGGAUGUAAACACUCUGCAGAAAGGGGUGACACCUAUGAUGCAUUUGUCAUCCACUCCAGUAAAGACCAAGAAUGGGUGAUAAAAGAGCUGGUGGAACCCUUAGAAAGAGGAACACCUCCCUUCCAGCUUUGUCUUUACUACAGAGAUUUCAUACCAGGGGUACCCAUUGUCACUAAUAUAAUCCAAGAAGGUUUUCUGAGUAGCAGAAAUGUCAUUGCAGUCAUCUCUACUAACUUUCUGGAGAGCAAGUGGUGUAGUUUUGAGUUUGACAUUGCCCAGUCCUGGCAGCUUGUUGAGGGAAAGGCUGGAAUCAUCAUGAUUGUACUAGAAGAAGUGAAUAAGUCCUUGCUGAGGCAGAAGCUUGGCCUGUCUCGAUACCUGAGAAGGAACACCUAUUUGGAGUGGAAAAACAAUGAAAUAAGCAGGCAUGUCUUUUGGAGGCAGCUAACAGGAGUCCUGCUAGAAGGCAAAAAAUGGAAUCAUGAGGAGGUGAAGCUUAUGUGAAGAGAGAGAUCACUUCUCUCCUAUCUCCAAUCCUGGACUUGGCUGUUGUCUGGUGCUCAGAAGUUUGUUCUUCUGUGACUGUUCAGAGUUGAAGGAAGGGGAUGUAUGCACUGUAAAAGCACUACAGAAAUACCUGCCUUGCUGGUCAACCUUUCUCAAGAGAACUUGCAAGCUAAGGAGAGACAUUAGCUAGAAAAGCUGCACAUGCCUGAGGUCUGUGCUUGUCUGUAGCUGUCAACUGAAGCUGGUCCAGAAUUCACACAAGGCUAGUGGGUUGGUGAAUAGAUGGACUGUUCUUACCAUCAUUUAUCUGCCUCUGAAACUGGAUUUGGGUUCUGGAGCUAUUUACCCAGUGGAGCAUCAUGGUCUGUUUCUUCGAGUGGACCCCAGGAUCUCCAGGGGAGAGAAAAGGUACAGAAUUCUUGGCUCUAAAAGAGAUAGGUAACAGAAACAAGAUUUAGAUCCUAAAUUUCUUGGGUCCUCUUCCUUAGGCACCACGAUUCAGGGGGAAAACCCUACAGAAGAAGAUGGGCUACUCUACAGCCACAGACCAGCUGGCAGCUACUCUGUGAAGCUGAAUGGUUCUGGCAUCAGUGUGGAAAGAGUUUGUUCUUGGUACAAAAUUUCCCCUACAUGUUUCUUUCAAUUUUCUUUAGACCAAGGCCAAAUAUUGAACCCCCCAAUUACUUCCAUCAGCUGUAACUCUUAUUUAUAUCCAGAUUAUGUGGCUUUUGGGAGAGUGGUGUGAGGUUUCCUGGUGGGAUCCAAAAAUCAGUGGGACUAGAAAAAUCUGUAGAAACACUUUACACCUCUAAAAUCAAGUUAAUUCUUUGCUCCAACUGCUUUUCCUUAUCCAGUGUUUCUGAAUGGGUUGUGUGGGACUGCCCUCUAUGAGCAAGACUGAGCCUGAGCAAAGUAUUUUCAUGUUUACAGCCACUCAGUUAUAGAAUAAACUUUUCCACUGUCUGGACCAGCCUUAAUUCACUGUUGGAAGGUGCAGUAGGAGCCUCCUGCUCAUGGGCUGCAAAGGAAUUGAGAUAUGUUUGGACCUAGCAAUGGGGGCAAAUCCCUCUACUUUCCUCCCAUCACGCUGUGGCAGCC